UUAAUCGGCGAUGUCGCACGUGCAGUACGUGGACGAGCUCGUCAAGGAAUAUCUGAUAUUCCGAGGCUUUGGGCAAACAUUAAAAGCCUUUGAUGCCGACCUCAAGGCCGAAAAGGAGAAAGGCUUUCGAGUACGACAACACGUUUGUUUUGGUUCGCGAGUGCGAUGCUCCUUGUUUAUGCCCAUUGUUUUCUUUUCAAAUUUUAACAAUCGCAUGGAAUUGUAUGAGUGGUCUUUCUUUUGAACAAUAAUUUCAUUUCGGGGAAAUCGCUGUGCGAGACAGUGUUAUUGAUUUUGUUUUUUGGUCAAUGUGUCUGUUAUGUAUCACAUUAAGUACAACAGAAUAAAGCUAUGAUAUGACUCAAUUAAUGAUAAGUAGACAAAAUUGUUGAUCAGUUUAUGCAACAAAUACAUACAUACGAUUUGACUUCAUUGAGGGAACUUUGGGGUCACUUAGACACAAGAUUGUUUUCAAGAUUGGAAAAUCAUUUUGUACCUGGUAUUCGCAAACUAGAAAAUGCAGUUCUUAAAAUGUACAUUGUUAAUGCCAUUAUUAAUAAUAAGCCUGACAGAGUUCAAGAGUUUUUUACAAAAAUGACUCCAGAGUUACAAGGACAUUCCGAAUGGAGAGAAUGGUUUGCUCUUCCAUACAUAAAGAAUCCAGAGGAGAAUCCUUCUUUCUCUGUAUAUUUUAGUAGACAAUGGCAAGAUACAAUGUUAGUUUCAUUACACAACUUUUUAGCAACUAUCUUCCAAUGUAUGCCAAUGCCAACACUUCUAAUGAUAGAUGAAGAUACAAAUAAAAUUAGAAGGCUGCAAGAAGAAAAUGAAAGGCUACGACAAAGGCUUAGUGAGAUUAUGAAAAUAGAUUCAAUUUUAGAAGUAAAUGCAGGACCAACACCUCAACAACCUCCUUUAAUGGAUGAUUUUUAUAUAAUUGCCCAAGAAUCUCCUAUAGUAGAUAAUCCUAAAACACUAAGAAAUCUUAUAAGAAAUAUUGGUGGAGGUUCAAGUCCAAUACUUAGCCGAAAGCCCAUUGGAAGUGUAAAAAAACAUUCUGAUGUAGAUGCAAACAUAACUAAAAGAGCAAAUACCAAAGGCAGGCUUACCUCAUUGAGUAAAUCUGAGGCUGUAGCAAAAAGGAGUACAAGCUGUGAUUCGAGACUGACUAGAAAAAGGGAUUCUUCUGUAGAUGCUAGCAGAGAGUCCAAAAUUAAGGAUAGAUUAGAUGGAAGCUACAUUCUUCUAAGCCAAGAAGAAUAUUCUGAACAUAAAACAUCCAUUAUUCAAUGUAAGAGCAAUGCCAGUGGAUCAUAUGUCGCCACUGGAGAUGCAGAUGGUGUUAUAAAAAUUUGGACACCUAUUCCAUGGCCAAAAACUGUAGCUACAUUCACUUCUUCAACGGCAAAUUCAAAUAAAGCAGUGACUGCAUUGGACUGGAUCUCAAAAAACGAACGUUAUUUCAUUCACGGAGACAAUAACGGGGCUAUCCAACUACACGACACGCGUGACUGUAAAACCAUUUGGGAGAUCCAGCACGAGGGCUCGCGAAUCGUUUCUCUCGUAUGCAAUCCUACAGACUCGAGUUUUGUGUGUUCUGUUUCUGAUUCAGGUGAAGGCAAACUUUUGUUAUACAACAUCAAAAUGAAGAGGAUUGAGAGAACAUUACCACUAGAGAGAAACCUCACUGCUCUCUGCUCUAGUUUUAAUCACAAUGGUCAACUCCUUGUGACUGGACUAUCAAAUGGCAACGUAUUAAUUCAUGAUCUAAGAAGAAAUGAAAUCAUUGAUAAUCUCAGCUGUCAUUCCAGUCCUGUAAUCGAUAUCGAAUUAACCAACGAUUUUACGAAUAUUUGUGCAUUGGGAGAAGAUGGAAAAUUGUGUCAGAGAAGUCUCAGCCAGACUGGCAAAGUUGUGUGGGAAACAAAAAUCAAGAUUGAGAAAAAUUCUGUGCAUGGAAAGCUUUUUACUUUUGAUCAAUCUGGUGCACAUAUGCUGCUUUGCACACAAAGCGGGGGCAAUAUUUAUAGGAUGCCACCAAGUCCACAAGCAAAAAUUUUAGAAUUAAGUGGACAUAAAGGAACACUUUGCUGUGAUUGGUCUACUGCUAAUCAAUCUGGCACAUGUAUAACUGGUGGGGCUGAGGGUAAAGCACGAGUUUCAACAUUACUCUCGCCAUGAUAUAGAAAUAAAAUCAAUAUUUGUAUAAACUCUUAGUGUAUAAAUAGAAAGUAGGGAAACUUGACAUUGUAAAUACAGUUAGGUAACAUGCAAAUGUGUCACACAGUGAAAUAGAUAUUUAAUUUAAAA